GUGGCCGUGCAGAAUACCUCUUGCUACCUAUGUACGUUAAGUACUAAUUCGUUCAGGGGCGGGAUGACGUCUCCAGGUGAAUCAACCUGUCACGACACCCCAUUCUGCUAUCGUGUCUAUCACGUUUCUAUCCGAGCAGUGGAUCUGAUGGAGAAAGCUCUAUUGAUCAUGGCCAACGAAAGCACAUGAGUGCCCUGCCCUGGUCUUGAGUUGUCUCCAUAAUCGAAUCCAUGACCUGGACUCUUCUGAAUAAGAAAGCGUGUAGUAUUCGUCGAUCUGUUUGGUCAUUUCAGUCAUUCCAUUGGCAGGGUCCCUAUUGCGCUGCUAAAUCCUCAUCAACUUGGCUUAAUCGGCUUCCACAAACAUCAACGAUGGAGGCGGAGCGACAGUCUUUAAUCAAGAACAACGCCCAACCAGGGCCUGUUCCCCAAGCGCCAUGGGCCGCCGCCAGACCGUCACCACGAGAUCCUUCUCGGCGACUCCCACAAGCAAUUGCUCAUCGCGGCGCAAAGCUUGAUUGGCCUGAAAACACCAUGGCCGCCUUCCGAGGUGCAGUCAAAGCUGGCGCUCAUGCGAUAGAGACCGAUAUUCAUAUCUCGGCCGAUGGCGUUGCUGUGAUAUCACAUGUAAGUUGGAGCAGUAGGUGGUUCGCUCUUCUCCAUGCUAAGUAUCUACAUCACAACUUGGCUUACUUGCCUUGCCUCGCCUUGCCUUGGCUCGGCUCGUCUGACACUUGAGCAGGAUGCAUCCCUCAAACGCUGCUUUGGCAUUGAGGCUCGCAUUGGAGAGUGCUCGUGGGAGUAUCUCAGCACUCUACGCACAGUAGCCGAGCCUCAUGAACCUAUGCCGCGGCUCAAAGACUUCCUUCAGUGGUUAAUUCGGCCGGAAUUGCAAGACAUUUGGGUGGUUUUAGAUAUCAAGGUCUGCUGCAUCUGCUCAAGCUCAAGCAUGUGCCAUAAGACGGAAGCUAAUGCAGGCCCCCCAGCUGGACGAUGACCCGGCAGAGUUGAUGGCUGCAAUUGCGAGGGAUUUAGACGCCGUCCAGGCACCUGUGCCAUGGGAUCAACGUAUUAUUCUGGGAUGCUGGAAUGUAAGCUGCAGUGCCUACCUAAGCUGACACCCUUGGCACAGUUUCUACACUUUCACAUAGGCGCCUUGAUGAUGUUGCAUGCAGCUGACAUGCUUCAACAGGCAUCAUUCCUACAGGCUGCGCGUAGUCAACUUCCAACCUAUCCAUUGGCCCAUAUCAGCACCUCCCUCUUAUAUUCGCACCACUUUCUGCGCGUACCCAACCUCGGCUUCAAUCUCAACCACAAGACUCUCAUCGGUCCAUCAGGAAGACUCUUCUUACGCGAACUUGGAAAGACUGAUAAGCUUCUUAUGACGUGGACUGUCAACGAACCUCGCCACAUGGAAUGGUGUAUCCGUCAGAAUCUGUGUCAUCCACGGCGCCGCAAUGGAAAGAUCGAGGGGCCUGCCUUGAUAGAUGGUGUCAUUACUGACAAUCCUGGUUUGUACCUCGAGAUGUGCGAAAGGUUCGAGAACGAGAUGGAUGGCAAGUUCGCCAGACCAAAGCUGGCUCUCACUGAAAGGAUAAGGAAGAAGGCUGAGACGGUAGCCGUCGUUAUCCUGACGGAGACUCUGAUGAUGGCUUACCAUGUUCUCAGAAGGAUGCAGGGCAAGUUUGAUUUUCUUCGAGACCGCCAGAGCUUGGACAAAUAGUAGACGAGAUAUGAUGAUUGAUGACAGAAAGUGAUGCCACUGCUGGCCUAGGUAACGCUUGACUUUGAAGACAGCAAUAAAACUUGGACAACAACUUGCUGGCUUUCUGGGCUACGCCAGGCUCACAAUUAGCACGAAUGCGCCCACCAACCUCGACAGCCUUGGGUGUUCACAAUCAAUACAUGCGGUCAUGCAUACCAGAACUGCCCUUGGGGGUCUAGCCAUCACAGCAUGUCAACGUAUCAACCACGACACAGCAACCCGUGGAUCAUCAGAAUUAUAGUGACCGUCCACCAAGGUCUACCUGGUCAUUAAUCCUCUUGGGCUCAAGUAAACUCUGUGUUAAGAUAUGGAGUAAUCCGCCCUGUCCUGUCUCUUGGUUCUAGCCGUAACGCACUGUGUAAAGGACAAUAACAACAACCCAAACGCUGCUCAUGACGCCCCGCCCCUGUCUUCGUAUUCCCCUUCAGAUUUCAACGUCAAUAUCCAGGUCUAGUGACCCGAUCACAUCGUCA